AUGAUAUAUGACCUCAUAGAUAGUGUUUCAGACUUGAAAAAAGGUGGUCCACAGGGACCAUUGCGAUUCGGCAAAAGACGUAGCGGUCCGUCCGGUCCGUUGAGAUUCGGAAAGCGGUCCCAGUUGAAUUACCCUCUCCUGUAUGGUCAACCACCAUACAAUUUAGUGGAGUAG